GCAGCAGCAGGAGAUGUUCAGGAACCCCCUUCGUUAGGCGCCUGCUUAGUCCCUAGGCAAUCCCGUUCGCCUGAACCGACAGUUCGACGGAUAGGUUGGGGGCCAGUUUUCCUGCCUCUGCUGGGCGUGUCCACCGUGUGGGGCUCUGCCAUACAAUCAGUGCUUUAUUUGUACAGGAGAAAAGUUACCGGAAACACUUGACCAACAAAGGAAGAGCUGAUGAUAAUGAGGUAAAGGAAAUUCUGAUUAAAAGGAAACACACAUACUGUUCCCAGCUUAGAGCUAACCACUGCUUUUAUGGCAUCACGGAGGAUGUAGAGGUACGCUUUCACCCCUGCAGAUAAUUCUUCAGAUAAUGCUGUGUUUGAAAAUUACAAAUUUAUAAUACCCUCCUUUAUGGAUUGGUUAAGCAAAACUUCCUUUGUAAAUAACCUGAACAGGUUUAUAUUUUUAUUGUCUUUGUCACAGCAUGCUAAGAUACUGUUAUUUUUUUACCAUUCGUUUACAUGUGAAGGUGUUUUGGUACCUGGUCUAUAAAUUUUGCUGUCCAUUUUGGUAAUUAAGUCUAUGGAAAUAUGUGAAUUUUUGCUGAGGAAAUGUAUCAGAUUUAGUUUCAGGCGCUCUAGCACCUAGGUUAUUACUUAAGCAUCAUGGACUACAGCUGUGACAGAUGUGGUGACUCCCAACUUUCUUUGCAAUGUUAUGGAUCAUUUAUGAUGCUCUCAGAAUGAAUUAACAUUUUCCUAAUAAUGUUUAUUUUAAACUUUGUACAGCAAGAACUAUUCUUGAAGCUAGAUAAUCCAAUCCACUGCUUAUGUUCAUCAUAGAUUGUAGUGAUGAUCUGGGUUAAUCUUUUGGGUGCAUUAAAUCCCAUUUUAGAAGGUAAUCUUGAAUUAACAAGUAUGUAACCCAUUGCUUCUGCCAAUGAGACAUUCUAUUGUAAUAUAGAAGGAAUAAUAAUUAGCAAAAGUAUUUGUUGAACGCUUAUCACAUUUCCAGUAAACUGUCUAUAAACUUUAGGGAGGAGUGGGAAGAGCUUCAUUUCAACUUUGGCGGAAACAACAGACAGUGAUAAUGGGGAAAGGGAACAAGAGAAGAAAGAAGAGAUAAGAAGAGAAUGAGAUGGCUUAGGCAGCUUUAUGAGAUGUGUUCAAAAGGAUAUGGGCAUUUCCAUGCUGCUUUCACAGUUAGUGUUAACGUGGUUAGUGUUGUCUACUUUACAAUUGGGAGGUGGUGGUGACUGGCCAUGUUUCCAUAAAGGUGACCAGAAUUCUUAGGAGGUUCUUCAUAGUGUUAAUUUUUAUACAUGAUACACUCAAACAGAGCCAGUUUGAAGAGCUCCUACCGAUGGAGCCACUUGUUCUUUCUAGUUUUCUAGCACCAAUCAUUUUAACCACUACUGCAGCACAGAGUAGCUAUUUGAUUUGCCCUGAAGAAAGAUUCCAUGGUACUGGACCGGUUAUCCCUGUGCAAACUUCAGAACAAAGUGGUGGAACUGGUGGAUAUUCUCAUGACACAUGGGAUUCCAUAAGUGGCAACGUCUCCAGCACCAUGUUGCAGAAAAGCUUUCCACUCACCAAGUUCUCUCUACCAUGAAAGCCAAAAGAAUGAAUGUUGAAGAAAUGCAACAUUAGGAAACAAUGCUAGAAUUCUGCUGGCUUUUCUUGCUGUUAAUGAAUAGCACAGAGGCCACAAACUUCAACAGUGGAGGAUGUCAUCAAAAGCAUGUUGAUGUGAGGUACCGGGCCAUUAGUGGCCAGAAGUUCGUCUUACCGUGUGAUUUGCUUCCAGAGGACCCAGCCUCAAUAUUUAAUCAUUCUUGCCAUCACAACAGUAAGGUGCAGUGGUCCUGGCACUCGAGUGAUGGCAAAACCCGAAAGAUGCUCAGCAGUAAAAAUGGAAAUCCUACGUAUUGUGGAAACGUACUUUGGUUUAAACCAAUAAAGGUUCAAGAUUCAGGAACAUAUAUCUGCACAAAUAGGGGGAAAAUCCCAUGUAUCAGUAUUUUUGUAGAUGUUCAAACAAAGGAGAUGGCUAAUUGUACAAAAAAUUUCAGGAGCGACCUGCGCUUAAUUGUAGAAAAUGGAGAAUCUGUUGCUUGUCCUGGGAAAAGCUGUUUCAGUCAUUUUCAUAGCUCAACAGUAAAAUGGUACAAGAACGGGAAAAGAGUAAAACUUCAAAUGAACAGAUGGGGCUUGAAAUUGCAACAUGAUAAGAUUGUAUUACAACCUGCCUAUGACCGAGAUAGUGGUAUUUACGCAUGUGAUUAUAUGCUGAUGGAUAACAAUACCUGGUGGAAUAUGAGAACAAUAGUAAGAGUGAACGUCACCACAAAAGACUCUGUCAACCCCCCAAUCGUUCUGGAUCCCCCCAAUGAAAGGAACAUAGAAGUAGAACUUGGGCAACCUCUUGAGCUUAAAUGCCAAAUAAAAUUUGGUUUUCAAAGCAAUGCCUCAUCUUUAGUUCAGUGGUACAGAGAAAUCUGUCAAAAGGAGGAACUGGUUCGUGAAAACAGGUUUUCUCCAAAUGAACUAGGAGGUGAAACCUUCCUUGAAACUUUCUGGCUGGAGAAAGUGACUGAGAAGGAUUUAUGUACAGUCUUUAAAUGCCUGGCUAAAAACUCUGCUGGGAAAUCUGUGGGGGUAUUCAGACUCAAGAGGAGAAACAAAACAGUUCGUCUGCUUACUUUGUGUUGUGCCAUUACAAUUCUUCUUGGACUAUUUUUUGGAAGUGUAUUUGCUUACCAACACUGGAUUGAAAUAGUGCUGCUGUAUCGGAAUUACCUGGCCAAAGAUGAAACUAUAGGUGAUAACAAAGAAUUUGAUGCGUUUGUGUCCUAUGCAAAACCAGAUUUUCUUGAAGCAGAUCAAAUGUGUCUGAAUGAGGAACAGUUUGCUUUGGAGGUUCUUCCUCAUAUUUUGGAAAACAAAUAUGGAUAUAAGUUAUGUCUCACUGAACGGGACAUCCUUCCAGGAGGAGCAUACACUGAUGACAUUGUACAUGCUAUCAAAAGGAGCAGACGGACAGUGGUGAUCUUAAGCCCAAGUUACGUCAAUGGACCAGCCAUGUUUGAGUUUGAAGCAGCAGUCAAAACUGCACUGGAAGACACAACAAUAAAGAUCAUUCUAGUCCAGUUCAAGUCUUGCCGGGACACAAAGGCAUUACCUCACAAAGUGAAGAAAGCUCUCAGGAUCUUGCCCAGGAUUACCUGGGAAAUGUCUACCUCUCCCACUGCUAAUAAGCAUUUCUGGAAAAAACUGCGAUAUCUCAUGCCAGUGAAACACAUUAAAGUUGUUCAAGAUAGUGAUCAAUCUUCAUACUUUCCUCCCACUAGUUACUGGGCCUGACAGUAGAAAAGCAAUGCAGAAAACCACAACAAUAAGAAGUGAAGACCUAUUUGGGGGGGGGAAGAAAUAAAUUUUCUAAACGGAGGACUUUCUGGACAGAGGGAUAAUAGCUCAACACUUCUUUACAUAUAGGUUUAAUCCCUGGCUUCUUCGACUAAGUGUAUGUUGGGUGUUUCUCUGCUUGAAAGGAUCUCUGCUUAAGAUAACGGACAGCCAUUGGAGAUUACAGUGAACAGUACUGGACUAGAUGGACCAGUGAUUACAGUUGGUAUAUAGAAAUUUCAUAUGUUCAGAUAUGUUUCUUAAAGCUUGGUAAUUUUUUGCUUAUUUAUUAAUAACUUCAAAAUAAAUAUGAAUAUGAUAUUUUAAAAAGAUAUUGCCUGGUAACACUCAAGGGGCUGAAAAGAGUGGUGCUAUGGCAUGUCUUUGCAUGUUUAAAUUAUUUUCUUUGUCUGGUUAAUGCCAGUCUUGUACAGUGGUUAGCGUGUUGGGCCAGGAUCUGGGAAACCCAGCUUUGAGUCCCUGCUUUGCUGUGGAAGCUUCCUCUGUGACCUUAGGUCAGUCGCACACCUAUUCACUCUAACUUACCUCACAGCGUUGUUGUGAUGAUAAAAUGAAAGAAAUAAGAAUGAUGUAAUCCACUUUGGGUCUCAUUGGGGAGAAAGGUGGGGUAUAAAUGAAGUAAAAUAAAAUAAAAGAUUGGAAAUUGUGUAUGAAGCUUACUCAAAAAAAGGGCAUUUGCAAGCAACUUAGAGCAAUCUAUAACUGACAGAGAUAUCAACUAAAAUAUCAUGAAGUACGCACCAAUUAAAAAGCAGAGAGGGGACUGUCGGUGAAUUUUUUGUCCAGACGUGAUGGAAGGGUGUCUGGUUGCUGCCACUUCUUCAGCUGACAUCACUGGUGGCCACUGACAAUUGGGAGGAAUGGUUCUCAACUUGGUCCAGGCACAGGGGAAAGGAUGCUUGGUUUCUGCCUCUUCUCUUUCUGCCUCUGGCUGCAACAAUGGCACCCCUUGCUGGGAGGAGGACAGUCCUCAGCCAGAGCUGGAUCCAGGCAUGAUGGAAGGGUGCUUGGCUGAUUCCUGUUUUGCUUCUGACCUCAGCGAUGGUUGAGAGAUAUGCUCUGUCCUCAUUGAUUGUAGAUGGCGUUUGUGGUCCCUCUUAGAUAAAUCUCAAUGAAAGACUGAGAUGUACACAGUUCUAAAGUAGUGGUUCAGGACUGCAGCUGACAUAAUCCAUUCCAAUUAUAUGAAUGCAUACUUGGAUGUGAAAUCCAUUAAAAUCAAAAGGUGAUGCUACU